GAAGCUAAAGAAGCUCUUGCUGGUGUUGCUCAGUUGUUUGGACAGCAUAACACGGACGGCAUAGAUCUGUACUUCUUGAACAACACUAAAAUCCAGGAUGUGCUCGCAGGAAAUACUCCGACCGGCGCGAGACUUCGGGACAUUCUGAACACUUAUAUAUCGCAACUGGAAGACAGAACCGUAUCGCACAAGCCGAUCAGCAUUGUCGUCAUCACGGACGGUGCGCCCGACAAUAAGAAAGAACUAGAAGAUACCAUUGUCAGCGCUGCGAGCCGUCUAAAUCAAAGCCAUAUCAACAGUCGUGAGCUCGGCAUCCAGUUCGUCCAGAUUGGUAAGGACACUGGCGCAGAGGAAUACUUGAAACACCUCGAUAACGACCUUCGGGGACAAUACAAAAUCGAUGUGAGC